CCUUUUUCAAGACGCGUCCAGUCUGCUUUUCAUUCUAGGGACCGACGCUAAAUGGGAAGCAGUGGAUUUGGAUCCCUGACCGCCAAGGAAACCAUGGCGAUGGUUCUGAUCGUCAUGGGGACGCUCGCGGGCCUGACGGCGGCUCAGCCUCUGUGCGACCCGCUAACCCAGAAGCGACGCAACGGCGAGUGUUGCCAGAUGUGUCCGCCAGGCACCAGCAUGUCGUCGUUGGGAACGUGUGCGGAGCCCCUGUGCCCCCCCUGCGACCAGGACGAGUAUCAGGACACGUUCACCACCGAAGCCAAGUGUAAACGACAACCGUACUGCGACCCGAAUAAAAACUUGGAGUCGGAAAAGCAGAAGAGCAAACGGGAAAAGAGCGCAUGCAUUUGCCAACGUGGAUUCCACUGCUCCGGCGACGCCUGCCUCACCUGCGUCCCCCACGGCUCCUGUGGGCCCGGGUGGGGGGCGCUGCUUCCAGGGAAUCAAACCCACGACACCGUGUGCCAUCGAUGUCCCGUAGGCUCCUUUUCCAACCGGACCUCAUGGGACGCCGUCUGUACGCCAUGGACCGAGUGUGACAGCGGGUACCAGGUCGGGCGAAGCGGGUCGGACAAAUCAGACGUGGUGUGCGAGAGGAGGCAACGUCAGCACGUCGUCAUCGCCAUCAUUGGUGUUCUACUUGUGGUUGGGGUGACCUUGGUAGCCGCAGCCAAGAUCUGGAUCUCAAGAGGUGGAAAAGUGGGGGCCACAGGAAAGGGCUGCGUUGAGGCGUGUGUGCAGCGUGACGACGACCCCCCCAGAGAAGAGAAAGCCCUCGUCGACACGCAACCGGCACGGGACGCACUUCCGGAAGACGCACUUCCGGAAGACGCACUUCCGGAAGACGCACUUCCGGAAGACGCGGAGGACGGCGGGACGGGGGUUCCUGAGGAAAACGAGGACGGGCCGAGCGCCGCCGUCUCCGGGGGUCUUCUCUUCACAGAUAACGGAAACUACCUGACGCAGGAGAACGGUAAAAACGAGAUCCUCUCCCGCCAGGAAUCCCAAAGCGGAACGUCUUUGUGAGCCGCCGUCCGUCGCCAAGCCAAGAAUUCCCUUUGUUGAAACGACGUCGGCUCUCAACUUGAACUAAAUUGGUGUUCUUACUUGGAUUCUUCUACUUUUAUCUUUUCAUUGGAUGCAUUUCAAUGUGUGUGUGUGUGUGUGUGUGUGUAUGUGUGUGUGUGUGUAACCAAAUAAAGUACAAUAACAAAAUAUAUCUUUUUUUUUUAAGACCAGUGGUGCAUCCAUUCAUGUAAUGAAUAUUGAACUUAUUGAU